AUGCGCAUCAGUCUGCUCAGCUACGCGGCUCACUCAGCUCUCAACAUCACCACCUUGGAGGCUAUCUUUAUCUUUUUUUUUCUUCUUCUCUUUUUGAAGCUUCGCUCGCAUCAUUCAUUCCGGAUAUCAGUCGCUGCGGAGACUCCUUCUCGCUUAUACACAUUUCUGAUCUCACGACGAUUUUACUCAACAUGGUGGUUUUCUGCGCAUUGA